GCUUUCAAGCGACAGUUUUAUUUGCAACUGUUUGUUUUGUAAAAACUAUGAAACUUUUUUUGUUGAGAACUGGCCUGUACAUAACAUGGACAUUAACUUACCAUAGCACGAAGUUUCCUAGCAUCGCAACCUUGAGCUUGGCUUGCGUUCCGUUGGCAAAUAAGCUUGAAUGACUUUGAUGUCCUUCGGGGCCCCAAACUAGCCAAGAAGAGUCGCAGUGCACGUCUACAAGGCUCCGCCAUGUUGAGCAAUACGACAAUACAAACACGAGCCUGCAUUUCUGACAGCGGUUAGCGAUUAUAGGAUUAAAGAUGGCGGCCCACGCGUGUCAUAGAUCACGUCAUGUUUACAGACAAAUUUCUUGGAAUUAUCUCAUCGGCAAUGUCUUUCGCUGUACCAACAGUUUUCCAUCUGUAAGACCUCUUUGCUUAGGGCGUAACUUAUGUGAUGAAGUUAAGAACAAUGUUCCCAAAUCUCUGGGCUCUAUCGAACAAAGUUCAAAGUUUCACCUCGUGUUUACAUGCAAAGUAUGUGCAACUCGAUCUCAAAAACUCAUCAGCAAACAGGCCUAUGGUGAUGGAGUCGUUAUCGUCAAAUGUCCUGGAUGCAACAACAAUCAUCUAAUAGCUGAUAACCUGGGAUGGUUUUACGACGACAAAAGAAAUAUUGAGGACAUCUUGGCUGAAAAGGGGGAAUCAGUCAAAAGGUUAUCAGAAAGUGAUUCACUGGAGUUUCUAGUGCAGGACUUAGUGGAUAAAAUUGAAAAGGACAAGCAAGUGGACGAUGAUCAGGAGAAAUCUUAAUGUACAUGUCUCUAAAAGAUUUCCAAUUGUACACCUACUGUGUGUUCAGCCUUCACUGAACUAGCAUCAUAGCCAAUACCAGUGGGAAGCAAUAUUUCUACUAGAGCCACAUAUCAUAAUGGUUUUCACAGACUCAGGUUAAAAUGUUCUUACCAUAGAUGCGUGGCUAGCAUUAGAACAGAAGUUGUAAAAGAUUUCCUGUACUCCCCUGUUGUUAUACACUUCCCCAUUCUUGUUCCAGCCUGUUUCUUUCCUGUCCAGCAAUACUCCUCACUUCAAACAUAAGUGUGCCAAUUUUCAUUAGUUUCUUAGUUUCCUAAGGCAGUUUACUGAACUGCUCCAAGAAAUCGAAUUGUAAAUUAAAAACCACUGAAAGUUGCCCCAGCCCUAUAGUCCUUUUGCAACAGUUGGUCUCGUGACCGUGAAUUUCUAAACUACUACUGCUAAAUACAUUUCAGAACUGGAAGGAGCAUGUUUUAAAUAGCUAGAAGACCAAUUUUCAGACCAAUGCCUGAAAAAGUUGAAAGUUAAUGACGAUUUGAAUAUUGCAAACAUUAAAAAGUUUUGAGUGGAAGCAAGGAAGCUUUGCCCUCCAGAAACCGUUUUCCGUUAUUUAUCACUACAAAAGGAAGCUAAUGGCAUAUAACUAUUGGAGAUAGAAAGACGGUUAAAGAACAGGAAAACGGUAAAUUGUAGGUUUUUAAACCGAAAGGGAAAGGUUUU